AUUGACGUGACGGUCGACUCGACGGAUGAGUGACGACUGACGACUGUAGUGACAGGCUCUAUAAGUCUUAACGGAGAAGUAAAUGUACCUAUUUAAUUUGUCAUUGCAUGACUUGUGUUGUUAAAUCCUUAUAAAUAUUUCUUAAUAACUUUGUGAAUAUUGCUAUAAAAUAAGCAAUAAUAUUUCCCGUGUGAAUUAAUCGUGUGUUAAAAUUUAAUAAAUAUUCCAAAUAUUGCGGUGUUAUUUUUUAUAAUUUAAAUACAAGUACUUAAGAAAUAAUCUUAGCAGUAAAGAAAUGGGGAUGAAAAGUUCAUGAUGAAACUCUAUCCCACCGGGCAUUCGGGUUUAAAUGGCUACUUUAUGAUGUACCUGUCGAAAUGGAAACGGGUGGCCGUCUUACUGCUAUUGAUAUGGAUUGCCGUCACGUAUCUCGUGAUAUCACCGCUGAGAUGCGACGGCAACACAGAAGAGACGUCCGACUUCCAAGAUAGAUUAAAAGCGGUCUCCCUUCAGUUGGAAUCGUUGAAGCAACAACACAAUAACCUUAUUGCACAGAUAAAAAAAUCGUCGGGACUUAAUGUAAAUCUGAAUGACCUUGAAACAUCAGCGUUCCUUCACAAUGGUGGGGGACCAUCGGAAGAAUACGAGAAUCUUAGACGAAGAAUAUAUUCGAAUACAAAGGAGAUAUGGUACUUUGUCAACCACGAGCUGACGAAGCUAGUCAACAAUGAUGGCCAAUCAGAAAAGUUGCGCGCGAUUUUAGACCAAGUUGCUGACAGGAAAAGAUCUUUACUAUCGGACCAACAGAAGCUUCUAGAACUAGACGGAUACCAUGAAUGGAGGAGAAUAGAAGCAGCGAAUGUCAGCGACCUCGUACAAAGAAGACUCAAGUAUUUACAGAACCCACCAGACUGCAGGGAGUCCAGGAAGGUCAUCUGUAAUUUGAAUAAGGGCUGCGGGUUCGGUUGUCAGCUUCACCACAUAGUGUACUGUCUGAUUUUCGCAUACGCCUCCGAGAGGACCUUGAUAUUAAACUCGAAGGGCUGGAGGUACAACAACAAGGGCUGGGAGUACGUUUUCCAUCCCAUAUCAGAUAGUUGCACUUCGGCGUACGACGACAAAGUUGUUCAGUGGCCAGCCUCGUACGACGCAAAAGUGGUCUCGUUGCCGUUCAUCGAUUCGAUAUCUCAGAAACCGAAGUUCUUACCUCUCGCGAUACCGUCUGAUUUAGCUCACAGGAUAGUUCGUUUCAACGGUGAUCCGUCGUCGUGGUGGAUCGGUCAAAUGCUCAAAUAUGUGCUGAAACCAAGGACCGGUAUGCAGAAAGCUAUCAAUGAAACGAUAGCCAAGAUGAACUUCAAGAAACCAAUUGUAGGUGUUCAUAUAAGGAGGACCGAUAAAGUGGGAACAGAAGCGGCGUUCCACCACAUCGACGAAUAUAUGCUGCACGUAAAGGACUACUACGCGCAACUGGAACUCACGCAGCACGUCGACAAGAAACGAGUAUACCUGGCCACGGACGACGCGAACGUGCUGGAGGACGCCCGCAACAAGUACCCGCAGUUCGAGUUCCUGGGCGACCCGUCCAUCGCCAAGACGGCGGCCACGCACCGCCGCUACACGCCGCUGUCGCUCACGGGGCUGCUCGUCGACCUGCACCUGCUGGCGCUCUGCGACUACCUCGUGUGCACCUUCAGCAGCCAGGUGGGGCGCGUGGCGUACGAGAUGAUGCAGACCAACCGCGCCGACGCGUCGGACAGCUUCUACUCGCUGGACGACAUCUACUACUUCGGCGGGCAGAACGCGCACGACCGGCGCGCCGUCAUGGCGCACGCCGCCAGGGGGGGGCAGGAGAUAUCUGUUCAGGUCGGAGACUUAAUCGGCAUAGCUGGUAACCACUGGAACGGUUUCGGUAGAGGGACGAACAAGCGCACUAACGUGAACGGUCUAAUACCGUGGUACAAAACAGCUGACCACCUGGUGCUGUACUCGUUCCCCGACUACAAGCACGUGCCGCAGUACCCGGACACGCGACAGAAAGACUUAUGAAUCAAUUGAUUGCACUGCUUAGCCGAAUUAUAACGCUAGACUUUAGUUGAUAUUAAGCCUUGUGAUCUUAAUGUUACGGUUCAAAUUCGUUUACACAUGUAUGAGUGAGUUAUUGCACGUAGCUUAGACGAUAUUCGACUUUACGUUGUAUGGUUUUAGGUUCAAAUUGAAUUGCAUUUAAUUGAAUUUAUGCACAAGACAGCAUUAACGAUUAUUCAAUAGGUUUUCUAUGGACUCAUCGUUGACCAAAACCGAUUGUGAUAGACCGGUAGUGCCAAUUAUAAAUCGAGAAAUACAAGUUGUCAAUAAAAUUUGUUUCCGAAAGUCUAUUUGUGAAACGAUUUAUGCAAUUGAUUAGUGACCAUGGUAAAUAUUAAUAAAUAAA